AAAACGUAAACAUUGACCGCGAGCGAGUGUGGCUGCUAUUCCUGAAUCCUGCGUCUUAUUUCUCUUUUUCUGACGUAAAAGGAGGCUCAAAAUGGAUAAUACUUCUUGGACUGCUCCUCCGGGGGCAGCCCAGCCCAUGGGGAUCCAAUCAACCGCAGGAGCCGUCCCUAUUAUGAAUGAUAAAGGUGAGGUGUCCAUGAAAAAAGUGAAAGUGCAGCGUUACGUGAGUGGAAAGCGACCAGACUAUGCCCCAGCAUCAUCAGAUGAAGAAGAGGAAGAGGAUGAAGACUUCACCAGACCACGAGGUGCUGCUCCUCCCUCACCCCCCACACACAAGUCCCUUACAGAGGCUGAGAUGGCUGACCCUAGGCUGCGGCGUCUGCUGGCCAACCGACAGAGGCCGCCCAGUGAGGACGAGUUAGAGGUUGAAAUGCCGAGAAGGAGAGUUGUACAUCAGGCUGAAAUUGUGGACAUGAGCGAAGAAGAGAGAGAAGAGGAAGAGCAUGAAGAAGAUAUGUCUGAUGAAAUGCCAGAUAUCCCACCUGUACGACCAGAAGUGCGCACAAGCCAUCGCUUGGCUGAGUCAGACAGUGAAUCAGAAGGGGAGGUUGAUGAGAGUGAGCUGGCCUCGCGUCGCCUCAACCUCCGUCAGCGAGCAUUGCAGAAGAUCCAGCAAGAGGAGGAGUUGUUGGGCAAAGAAGAGGAAGGCAGCGAGGAAUCGUCAGAAGAAGAGAGCUCAGAGUAUUCAGAAGAGACAGACUCAGAGGAGGAAGGGCCGAGACUAAAACCAGUUUUUGUCAGAAGAAAAGACAGAGUCACGAUUCACCAAAAGGAACAAGAGCAGGCCAAAGUAAAACAGCAAGAGGUAGAAACCAGGAAGAGGGUAGAAGAGCGCCGUAGAGAAACACUCCGCAUGAUUGAACACGAGCACCGCCAGGCAGCCAACAUCCGGAAUGCUAUUGAAAAUGGAGAUCCCAUCGAUAACAUCAACACAGAUGAUGAAGCUGACGAUGCAGAAUAUGAACUAUGGAAAUUGCGGGAACUUAGAAGAUUAAAGAGAGAUAAGGAGGAACGAGAAGCUGCAGAGAAGGAGAGAGAGGAGAUUGACAAGUUGAGAAACAUGACGGAGGAAGAGAGACGAAUUGAGCUCCGUAACAAUCCCAAGGUCAUCACCAACAAAGCUACAAAGGGGAAGUACAAGUUCCUGCAGAAGUACUACCACCGUGGCGCUUUCUUCCUGGACGAGGAGGAGGAUGUGUUCAAGAGGGACUUCUCCGGGGCAACGCUUGAAGAUCACUUCGAUAAGACUAUUCUGCCUAAAGUCAUGCAAGUCAAGAACUUUGGUCGUUCGGGUCGGACCAAGUACACGCAUCUUGUAGACCAGGACACCACCUCAUUCGACUCCCCCUGGGCUGCUGAUUCACAAAUGAACCACAAGUUCUUCAAUGGCAAUGCAGGUGGGAUGAAGCAGAUGUUCGACAGGCCCACUGUCAAGAAGCGUGCAGCCCCAGCUGCCAACAACAAUGCCAAUGUCAGGAAAUAAGGAGAGGAUUGGCCAGAAGGAGGGAAGGAAGCGGAAAUAAUAGGAAGAACUGAAGGAAGGAAGAAAAUGGAACUUCAGUGGUGUAAACUGGAUAAGAAAGAUGUUGGUUAUUCCCUAUCGUUAGUAGCCUUGGGUACAAUUGUCCUAUACAAAUUACCUUUGUUACAGCCUAAGAGAGUUACAGUUUUUGUAUUUGAAAAUUAGAUAGAAAUGCCCCAUGUAUAAAACUGAAAUGGCAAACUUAUGGAGAUUGUAGGAAUAUGAAGGAAGAUGGCCAUAUACACACAAGGACAUCCACACUCAUUCACAUAUAUAACACAUACACUUACUCACACAUGCUCAUUUUCGGUCUUUCUCGCUCUCUUUAUUCAUUCAUUUAAUAGUUCAUUCAUCAAUUCAUUAAGACCCAUUUGGCCUAAUCACAAAUUCAGCAAAUGAUGACAUACAACUAGAGUAUAUACACAUAUAUACACUACCAAAUUUAGUUUUAAAUAACUGUAUAUGAUGCAUAUAUUAUCAGAUCUACGGGGAACAAUUACUACCACCUGUACAGAUUUCUUGAAGGCAUAAAAUCGCAAUUGAUAAUGAAUAAAUAAAAAUUAUAAUUGAUAGUAAUUUCAUUGAGUGUGAGGAUUCUUAAAAUAUUGUUACAUAUUCUUGUAAUUUUCCUCACGAUUCCUGGUAGAAGUUGUGACUUGUCCAGGCAUGUUCUUAUGAAGAGUAUGUUCACUGUACGUUACUAAUGUUCAGUUGCAUUGUACAUUUCUUAACAUACAUUUUAUUUUAUUUUACAUUUUUUGUUUUAGUAGUAGGGGUUGACUGUGAAUAAGAAAAGUCAUUUUGUAUGAAUGUGUGGAUUUAUGAUAUUGAUUUUGUAAUAAAGUAGCAUAAAACUCAAA